UAUGACGAAGGACAAUUUUUUGUCCUGGACAAUGCUAAUGAUCAUGAUUUUAAGGACUAAUCUUGGCCAUGAUGAGUGUUUGGAAAACUGUGCAAUGAAAUGAUGAUUAAUUAAAUUAAAGGGGAUUCUGAGGUAAUCUCAUAUUUAUUGCAGCCAGCCAGCCAGCGAGACUACUUUGCAUAUUAUGUAUAUUAGCGGAUUCAGAGGAAUUGCGACUUUGGCUUGGGUAGCAAAAAACGUUUCCGAACCGCAUUUCUGGCUUGUCGUUUGUUGCUUCAUAAUAUUCUUGGAUUAUUAUUGUUGGAUUCGUAAUUUUGAUGAAAUUAGCUAUUUCUCUCAUCUCUUAGUUAGUGGAUUGGAUCGCUGUCAGGACAAGUUUAAGGAUAUAACUAGAAAUGAAUUCCGUGGAUAAAGAAGAAAAAGUUAAUCAACCGGAGGAGACUGGUCGUAACAGUGGGACGAUAGAUUCUCUAGUACCUCCACAAGGAGAUGAUGAGUAUCUUGUUGACUAUGUUCCUGAUUUGGGCGAAGAUGAUAGUAGUCAGGUCUAUAUCCGUGGCGGCAGAGUCUCUGAUCUGGGAAAACAAAGAGUUACCAGUUCUUACACUUUGGAUAACAAGCCCCAUUUCCAACAUGGAAUGUGGAUAGAUGUUAAAGUUAUGCAUAUAGUUUCGCCCUCGGAGUUUUACGUAAUUCCUAGAAAGACGACGGAAUGUAUUCGCCGAGCUGCAUUUCCACCUGCAACCUCGAAGAGUACACCGCCGGUGAAUCCGAUGAUGCAUGAUGGGUCGAUGAGUAAUAUUCCAGACACGGGGACCGAAGAGUUUGGAACUGGAGUCGAGGCUUUUGACAAGAUUAAAGCCAAACUGAACGAACUUUUGGAACCCAAUAUGGCAUGGCGUCAACGCCAAUCAGUCCAUUACGCCUUGACGGAACUGGUCGCUGUGAAGCGUACGGAAAAUGGAGCGCGAACUUGGCUCCGAGGUGUCGUCCUAGAGGCGAAUCUUACUAAUGUUGCCGACCGUGGAAUUCCGUACCAUAAGGUUCAACUGAUUGAUGCCGGUCAAGUUUUGACGCUCCGGGCGGAUGAAAUGUGCUCCCUUCCAGUGUACGUGAGCUAUUAUCCUGCUCUGGCCUACAAAUGUUGUCUGAAAGGGGUUGUACCCGUGGGGAAUAUCUGGUCGAGAAGAGCAUCCGUUGCCUUGCAAAGUAUGACGACUGGAACCAACAUUAAGAUCAAUGUGUCCAAAUCGGAUAAAACUGAUGUCGUGUGCAAGACAAUUGAAGCUGUUCCAUACCUUGUUGACUUGCUCGUUCCAAGGUUUCAUGUUCCGCAAGAUCUGACCAUUGAAACGUCCGCCCCCAUGGUUUCAGCCGCUGAAGUCCUGGCAUCCAACGCCUUGGCACUCGACUUCAACCAAUUCCCUACUCGACCAAUUUUGAACCAGUUUUUUGAUCAAAAGAUGGUCUUUUCUCCCAUCAACCCUAACGUGAAUGCUGAACCAGUCCAAAUGCUCGCUAAAGAUUUCCAAUUUCUGGCGACCGAUAAGAAGGAUGAGAAUGAGGAAAAGAAAAAAGAUGCCGAUAAUUACUCAUUAUACUCAGCAGAAGUUGGGUCUACUUUACCAUCUAACAAAAAACAAUGAUUUUCUGAAUUUGUUGAAUUUUGAUUGAAGUGAAUCAAUAAAUACACUUUGUUAAAUUAA